AUGGUAGACGAUGGAAAGAUCCAUAACAUUCCAACAACAGAAGGACAUCAAAUUAUAAUAUCCAAGUCAGGAGGUCGUCAUGAAUUUGAUAGAAAUGUACUUUGUCAGGAAAGUUGUUAUUUUCAAGGAUUGGUGAGCAGUGGAAUGAGAGAUGCUCACUAUAGAGAGCUUACAUUGGAAUAUUUAACAAACGAAUCCUUAUUGGAAGUAAAUGAUUAUUUAUCAAGAAAAAUGUCAAAGUCCUCUGAGAUGUUAUCAAUAUUGCCUGAUGACAUGUUUCGCUUGGUUGGAUCAGAAGAUAUUAAUGCAAACAGCGAAAUAGAUAUCUUCAAUUUAAUAAUCAAGUGGAUUUCUGCAGAUCUAUUGAGGAAACAUUAUGCUGAGAAAUUGUUACAUGAAGUGAGGUUCAGUUUGAUGACAGCAACUGAAAAGAAAAAAUGUGUGUCUUUACUUGAUGAUCUGAAUUUAAAUAUUUGCCAUAGUAAAGAAAAAGAUGCAAAUGUUUUUCAUACAGUUGGCAUGCUUGUUGCUGUUGGAUUAACGGCAAGCAAGGAUGAAAAAUUUUUCAACAUGCUGCAUCUUUUUGAUCUUGUUGAUGCUUUCAAGAGCAGUGCCCAUCCCUCAAAGUCAUCACUUCUGAAAUUUAAAUUUUAUGGUAGGAAGGGACCACCAGUCGAUUUGAUAGAAUGCAAUGCUCGAGUGGUUGACAAUUGUCUGUAUUUGGUUGGAGGAAAAACACCUAAUCAUGAGAACAUCAAUGACGUUUUUGUGUACAAUCCAGUUCUUGCAACCUGGUCAAAGUGUUGCAGUAUGCAUCUUGCAAGGAGCAGUUUCUACCUGGGUGAAAUAGCUGGCCAUUUAUAUGCAGUAUCUGGUCACAUCGCUUUCUUAUUCGGAACUCCAACUGUGGAAAAAUAUAUACCCAGUGAAAAUCAAUGGUACAUGGUGGAGCCUUUACCUGAUGCUCUUGUUUGUUCUGCAGGCUGUGCAUUCAAUGGCAUGAUGUAUGUUAGUGGUGGAUUUGAUGAAUACGGUCUGGUGGACCUGGUGUGGCAGUUUGAUCCUUCCUACAACAAAUGGUUCUCGAUAGCCCAAUGUGGCCAUGUAAUGACAUGCACAGGGAACAAUCUUUUUGUCGUUGGUGGAGGAACAUCUGAAAUGUCACAAUGGAGUAUAAAUAUAAUGAAUGGAGAAAUGUAUGACUUUGAGAAUGAUCAGUGGUCGACUGUGCUGAAGCUGAAGAUGUUUGUUCAUUGUUCACCAUACAUCACUAUCAACAACUGCAUCUACAUUUUUCAACAAAAACCAUUACUGGAUAAUAUGUCAGACACUCAUCUUCAAAAAAUUAACCUGACCAAGUACUUGGGUGGAAAGAACACAUCAGACGAAUCAAAUUUAUCAUCAGUUCCAGACGAGAAUGCUAAUAAAAAUUUUUGGUUGAAUGAGGCAGAGGAAUAA